AUGGCAAAAGAAAGUCAACAUCAGGCUCUGGCAGCACCACUAGGCACCAUUGUUCCUCCUGCAAUAGCAAAUAAUGCCACAGAGCCAGCAAUUCCUGGAGGAGGAGGAAAAGGGGAAGGAAAAGAGGAUGUAUUUUCGAAAGUAAAGGAGAAAUUUAUGAAUGAGCUAAACAAAAUUCCACUGCCACAUUGGGCCUUAAUAGCCAUAGCCAUAGUUGCAAUCCUAUUAGUCCUUACCUGCUGUUUCUGUCUGUGUAAGAAAUGCUUGUUCAAAAAGAAAAACAAGAAGAAGGGCAAGGAAAAGGGAGGAAAGAAUGCGAUAAACAUGAAAGAUGUAAAAGAUUUAGGCAAGAACUUGAAAGAUCAGGCACUUAAGGAUGAUGAUGCUGAAACCGGGUUGACUGAUGGAGAAGAUAAAGAAGAAGCCAAAGAAGAGGAAAAAUUAGGGAAAAUCCAGUAUUCUUUGGAUUAUGACUUUCAGAAUAAUCAGCUUUUGGUAGGGAUUAUUCAGGCUGCUGAGCUGCCUGCUUUAGAUAUGGGUGGUACAUCUGAUCCCUAUGUGAAAGUUUUCCUGCUUCCUGAUAAGAAGAAGAAAUAUGAGACAAAAGUUCACAGGAAAACCCUUAACCCUGUCUUCAAUGAGCAAUUUACAUUCAAGGUGCCGUAUUCUGAACUGGGAGGAAAAACCUUGGUGAUGGCAGUAUAUGACUUUGAUCGCUUCUCCAAACAUGAUAUAAUUGGAGAGUACAAGGUGGCCAUGAACACUGUGGAUUUUGGUCACGUGACUGAGGAGUGGCGGGAUUUGCAAAGUGCUGAAAAAGAAGAGCAAGAGAAGCUAGGUGACAUCUGCUUCUCUCUUCGCUACGUGCCUACUGCUGGCAAGCUGACUGUUGUCAUCCUAGAAGCAAAGAAUCUGAAGAAGAUGGAUGUGGGUGGCUUAUCAGAUCCCUAUGUGAAAAUUCACCUGAUGCAGAAUGGGAAACGGCUGAAGAAGAAGAAGACAACAAUUAAGAAGAAUACUCUGAAUCCCUACUACAACGAAUCUUUCAGCUUUGAAGUACCCUUUGAGCAAAUCCAGAAAGUGCAAGUUGUUGUAACUGUUUUGGACUAUGACAAGAUUGGCAAGAACGAUGCCAUUGGCAAAGUGUUUGUGGGCUACAACAGCACCGGCGCAGAGCUGCGACAUUGGUCAGACAUGUUGGCCAACCCAAGGCGACCCAUUGCACAGUGGCACACCUUACAGCCAGAGGAAGAGGUAGACGCCAUGCUUGCAGUCAAGAAGUAA